GCCAUUUUCCGCAAUGUUAUUGGCAGCACUGACAAAUUGACAACUGCAGUCAGCUGCUAUUUUGGCCUGUAUAUAUAAACGCAUUAACUUUAACAGAUUUCAGUCCACUUUCAGUAACAAACUAAUAUAAAAAUUUUUAAUUUUGCGUGAAAAGUUAAUAACAACAGCAAAAUGGGUAAAGGUUUCAACAAUUACAUGUGUAAGAAGUUCUUUCACCCCGCCUCCAGAGACAAUCUAAAACGGGUAUGGAUGGCGGAACAGCAAGCGGAGGCUUACAAGAAGAAACAGGAGGAGCUUCGCACACAGUACGAGAAGGAGCAAAAUCUGCAUGAAAACAAGGCUAUGCUGAGCAAAGACAGCAAAGAUAAGCUGAGCGUUAAUUUUAUGUACGAGCCACCACCGGGUGUGCGCAAAGAACGUGAAAAGGACGCAACCGAACCAGAGUACAAGUUUGAGUGGCAGCGUAAGUUUAAUGCGCCACGUGAAUCAUAUUGCAAAGGUGACACCGAGAUACGUGAUCAGCCUUUCGGUAUACAGGUGCGCAAUGUGCGCUGCAUAAAAUGUCACAAAUGGGGUCAUAUCAAUACCGAUAAAGAGUGUAGUAUGUAUAGCAUUUCGAUGAGCGAAGCGCGCAAACUGCAUUCCGAAGCUGAAGCCAGUGAGAUGAUGGCCAAAAAUGUGCUCGAAGAACAGAUGAAAGAAGAUGGGCUGGUAAUGAAAAAAUCCGCAAUGGAACUACAGAAUAUCAAGCAAGUUCAUCAGCAACACAGAUUGGUGCCUAGUGAUGAUGAGGGGAGUGAAACGAAAGGAAACGCGCCUGAAGGAAACACUGAAUUGGCAUUUCUAAAAUCACUGAGCAAGGAACAAAAGUUGGAGUUGUUAAAAAAGCUGGAAAAGAUUGAAAAGCUAAAGAAGAAAAAAGAAAAGCGAGUGUUGAAAAAGGAGAAGUCACAUAAAAGUAAGAAGGACAAGAAAUCAAAGAAAAAACGUUCAAAGAAGUCGAGCAGCAGCAGCGGAAAUUACACAGAUGAAAGUGACGAAGAGGAACACAACGCCUACAAAAGAAGACAUAAUUCAGAGAAAAAGAAAUCAAAGUUGGAUAAGAAAAAAAGCGAGCGUAGUGAUUCAACGGAUGAGUCCCAGUCCUCCAGCAGUUCGUCUAGUUCUGAUUCGGAAACUGAGGAAAUAGUGAAAGACACACGAAAGGGACGUCGCAGUCUCUCCCGCGAUGAUCGAAGGAAAGACUCCAAAACAUCUCUGGAAAGAAACCGAGAGCGGGACCGUCCACACAAUGAAGACCGACAGUCUAGCCGUUAUUCACGCAGGGAGCGGAGUCCCUCAAGAGAUCGCAAAGAAAGACGUAACUCUAGAGAUCAACGAAAUCGCAGUCGUUCCAGAGACAGAGACAGUCGGCGUACUAAGAAUGACCGACGUGAUCGAAGCCGAUCAAGGGAUAGACGACAUUACUAUUCUUGUUUACUCUUCGUUUCCACCCAAUUGCUGUCGAAAAUGGGCAAGUCUAGUGCAUCUGCACCAGCACCGACUCCAGCUGGCGCACCUGAUUGUGCAGCAACAUCGGGUAAUCCGGCAGCGCCACCCUGUCCGGAACCACUAGUGCAAUUAAACAUAAAUAACAUGAGCGAAGUGACUAUCGAAAGUAAAGAAAAAUGUCCAGACGCACCACAUGAAACUGAGCAAGAAUGUACGGUUGAAAAAAUUGUGGAGAAAUCACUUGAUGAAACUGCGAAGGAUGAGAAUUCAACUGAUGCGACAAAUGACGAGUUUAAUUACUUAAAACGUAGUGAAUUUACCUCUGAAAUCUAUAAGAUUGAAGUACGGAAUUUGGGUUAUUUUGGAAUAGGGGAAUUCAAGAAGCUUUUGAAGUCCAAGCUGAAUCUGAACGUGACUAAAAUUAAAUCACCGCUUCGUAAAGAAUUCGCAUUUGUAUGUUUUCGUAGUGAAGAAGAUCAACAACGCGCUAUUGAAACUCUGAAUGGGUAUAAAUGGAAGGGAAAAGUUUUGCAAGCUGCUGCGGCUAAAGCAUCUGCGGAUCCCUUGCAGAAGCGUCGAAAUGAAAACGCACAGCGUGAGGAAAAAGAAAGCCAACCUAAACGACAACGCACCUCUGCUGAUGCGAUCUGCCCGUACGCUGCUUUUCCCUAUGAAGAACAGCUGCAAAAGAAAACUAGUGAAAUGGAGGAGCUUCUAAAAAAAUUCACAAAUAAAUUACGUCACACUAAUCAGGCUGCUAAGAAGCAAUUGAACGAAUUCAAAUUUAACGGUGUUAAAGCGUCGCCACAGAUAAAUGGAUACCGCAACAAAAAUGAGUUCACUGUUGGAAAAAAUUCGUCGGGCGAUAUAGUGGUUGGCUUUCGUUUGGGAAGCUAUGCUGAUGGGUCGGUAGAGGUUUCAGAAAUUCAAGACUUACCACAUAUACCCGACUCAGCUAAAUGGGCAGCUUCAAGCUUUCAACAGUUCGUUAGGAAUUCCAAUUUUCUGCCCUUCAAUCCGGAAGAUAAUUCUGGGCAUAUUCGUCAGUUGAUGGUGCGCACAUCUGCACAUACAGGCGAGAUAAUGUUGGUUGCCGGUGUUUAUUCCUCGAAUAUGAACGAAACUGAAUUGGCAGCUUUGAAGCAGAACUUGAAGGAAUACUAUGAUACCUGUACCGAUGAGGCAAAAGGAUUCAAAUGCACAUCUUUGUAUUACCAAGAUGUGAAGCAUCGCGAAGCCGGUCAAACGAUCUCUCCUAUAGAGCAUAUUUCUGGUAGCACCCACAACACCGAUACAAUUCAUAAUUUAGCCUUCAAGAUAAGCCCGCUUGCUUUCUUUCAAAUAAAUACGCAGGGUGCCGAAGUUCUCUAUGAUAAGGCCAUCGAGUUGGCAGCACCUCAACCGCAUUCCACUGUACUAGAUAUUUGCUGUGGUACUGGCACGAUAGCGCUAGCAUUCGCUAAACAUUGCAAACAAGUACUUGGUGUAGAAAUUAUACCGGAAGCAAUUAAGGAUGCCGAAUUCAAUGCAGCGGCCAACUCUAUUGAAAAUUGCAAAUUUUUUGCUGGUAACGCUGACGAUUACAUACAAUCGAUGGUGCGUGAAGUGGUUUACGGUAAUGCACCUGGAGCGCCGUUGGACCUGAUUGCUGUGGUGGAUCCACCGAGAGCUGGACUACAUAAUAGAUCCAUUGCAGCAAUACGCGCCGCAACAGCAAUAAAGCGUUUGGUGUACAUUUCUUGUAAUCCAGUACAUGCACAACGCAAUUGGAUUGAACUGGGUCGACCCGAGUCGAAACAAUAUAAAGGCGAUCCCUUCUUUCCGAAAACCGCAAUUGCAGUAGAUAUGUUCCCACAUACUACACACACCGAACUGGUAAUUCUAUUUGAACGUGCAACACAACCAGACGGUGAAGAGGAGAAUAAAGAGACAACAAACGCUGAAACUAUCAAAGAUACAACACCUGAAGAAAAGGGAAAUGCAGCAGAUAUUGAAGCCAAUAAGAAACGGAAAAUGUACGAAGAGGCUGGUCUUCAUCGCUUUGGCACAACUUUGCCAGUACUUGACGAAGAUUCCGUACCCUCGAAGAAACCAAUACGUUUGGAAGAUCAAAUAGUGACUGAUGAGAAUGGCAAGCGUCGUUUCCAUGGUGCUUUUACCGGUGGUUUUAGCGCGGGUUACUGGAAUACUGUUGGCUCACAAGAAGGUUGGACGCCUGCGACAUUUAAAAGUUCGCGCAGCGAAAAGGCAACACAACGUCUGCAGCAACGACCUGAUGAUUUUAUGGACGAUGAAGAUCGUGGUGAAUUCGGUAUUGCGCCACAGCGUCUCCAAACACGUGCGGAAUAUACGUCGUUUGAGCCUGAGCAAAGUCGUAAGCGUAAGUUAAUGGCUACCCAUAGUGGGCCAAUUCCUGGAAAACCCGUGUUAGAACAGCUACUUGUAUCACAAGAUGUCAAGAUUGGUGAGCGUAUUUUAAAAAGAAUGGGUUGGCGCCCAGGGCAAGGUAUUGGACCGCGACAAACCCGCAGUGAAAAGAAAUCAGCGCGUAGCAGAAACCAACGUGAAAUGUACGUUAUGCAGCAAUAUGGCUACCAACCGAGUGCAGCUGCCGCAAAGUCACCAGAGCAAUCCGAUGACGCUGCUGGCGAGACGGAGAGCUCAGAUGAAGAAACUGAUAAAAUUACAUUUGCACCUGAUGAUUACGAACCGUAUGUGUGUACAGCAAAAAAGGAUCGUUUUGGUUUGGGUUACCAAGGCGGCUUGAGUCGAGAUCCUGUGCUUUCUAGCACUAAGGGCGUAGCCUCAAAUAAUAGACACAUAAAUUUCUUUGAACCUGCGCUGGAAGCAAUCGGUAAAAAUAAUAAGAAAAUAUCAUUUAAAGGACAAGCAUUUGGUGUAGGUGCAUUGGAGGACGAAGAUGAAGACAUAUACGCCAGAGAUGAUAUGUCUCGUUACGAUUUUUCCUUGGAAGACCGUAAGCCGCAAAAAAAUAAAGUCGUAAUUGCGCAGGAUCAGCUUGUCGUUGAUGGAUUUUUGGCGUCUAAAAAUCCAAUACGUUUGAAAAAGCCCGAAAAUAUUGUUGUUCCUGCUAGCUUUAUGCCACGCAAUUGGGCCGAGCGAAAAAGUCGUUUCCAGCCCAUAGAUGCGAAAAAGGCUGAGGAGUUAGAAUCGUAUUUCAAAAAAGUUGAACAGAAAAAUCGAUUGAACCCAGACGAACGUGCUGAACUACUGGGUGAAGCGCCGCAAAUCGAUGAAAAGCCCUCUUCCAGCAGACACGCUAGAGAAGAGCAAACACCCAAUCAAGAUCACAGCAAGGCUAAUCUCUCACAACCUGCCUUUCAAGAAACAAAUCCCGCCCGCAUUGAAGGUGGUUACGACAAAACGGCUCAGAAAACAAGGUUCAUGUUGGGAUCUUUGGAGCAGAAUGAUCGUUUCACUCACGCAAGUGACAUCGAAAAGGACAUCUCUUCGGUCAAUAGUAGUGAAUUUGCGGGAAUGGUCAAACAAGCGUACGACAAAUCAAAAGUCGGUUCCUUGACAAACAUGUUUAAGCCGUUUAUGCAUGAUGAGCAAAAACAACGACGCUAUGAGGAAUUUCUCUUAGCCGAAGUCAAAACCGAGGAGGAGAUUACGUGUUUUUUGAACCGAAUACAACCGGUGCAUUUGAACGAAUGGGAUCGCGAAAUGGAAAAGAAGGAGUUUAUACAGGCUAGCAAAAUCUUUAAGCCGCUAGAUGGACUGAUGUCACAACGUUUUGUCUCGGAGGCUAAUAUCGAAGUGGAUCGAAAGUCUUCCGAAGCAUCUGCAAACAUUAUUAGUAGCCCGAAGAAAAUUACGCUCGAGCGUUCAAGAUCAAUGUGGAAACCACACUCUUUACUAUGCAAGAGAUAUAAUAUUGCUGAACCCUUCGGCGGGCAUAUGGAAGAAGAGAAACGACCUGUCAGUACUUCGAAGCUGUCCGUUUUCGAUUAUCUGGAGGAUUGUUUGCACAAAAAAUCUGAUUUCAAGACACCAGUUAUCGUGCCAAUGAAAAUACCCGAGAUUAAACCAAUACUGAAGCACACAAAGUGCGAAAAGGAAAAGGAAAAGGAGAAAACAUCGAACUCAAAGUCUGCAACUUCCGUUUCAACAUGCACUGUUUCAACAAUGACUUCGUGCAGUCCAAGUUCUUCGCUUUCCAACACUUCUAUAAUGGUUGUCGAUCAAUUGAAAAGUGCACAUACGAGUUCAAAACGCGCUAAAGAGGACGGUACGAAAGUUGGGCGUCCUGCAGCCAAGACCGAUUUGGAAAAGCUCUCGGCCGAAUCAGUUUCGAAACCGUCCUAUGAGAAAUUGGAGCUCUACAAAGCCAUUUUUGAUGAUAGCAGUGACGAAGAAGGUGCAGAACAAUACGAAGUGACUGUUAUCACCAAAGAAGGCGAGUAUACUGACGGUGGCACAGUAAAGAGAGCUGAACAACUCAACUUACUGCGUAACACAUCACCGCCUCGUGGUAUAUUUAGUGCUUUACUAUCCAUGAAAGACCGUGAGAAGACACCUGAAAGGACAGAUUGUAACUCAAUUGACUUGGAGGAGAAAUCGUCGCCCUCCAUUAUGGUUUCUGAAAUGGGUCUGAUACCGUCUGCUGCGAGACCUAUCAAUACCACCAAAUUUCAAUUCAAACGGCCCACAAGCAUAUCUUCCAAGACAUCAGUAAAUUCAGCUUCAACGGCGUCUACAAAGUUAUCGUUAAACGAAGAUUCAACAAUGAAGAGGUCUACGAAAGGAGAAAGCCCUGCGAAAAAGUCAAGAAGCGAACGACUUCAGGAACCCGCCACUGUAACUUUCAAUCUACCAAGCAGUUCAUCGGCUUUGGAGAACGAUGUCUAUGGUCCACAAUUGCCACAAAACACGCGCACUCAAGCCACCAACAACGCUGUGGACCAAAUGAACAAGGUGGUUGAAGAAAAGAUGAUACGGUUCCUCGUGCAGCGUGCCAAGAAUUCCCGCCAACUUGAUAAUGAAGGCUGGGUGGAGAAGAAGGUACACAAGAUUUUGAAAACUUCAACGCGAAGUUCCAGCAGCAGCAGUAGCAGCGAUGAGGAUACCUCCAGCUCUAGAAGUGAACGCAAUGCGCACAAAAAGAAAAGCAAAAAGAGCAAAAGUCACAAGAAAUCGAAGAAAAAGUCUAAGGAGAAACGACCAAAGAAAUCUAAGAAGAAUAAGGAUAAAUAGUUAGGUUAUUAUUUAAAUGUAUUCCGACUUGUAUAUAUUUACAUAUAUAAAAAUUGCAAAACUGCAAACUCAUAAUAAAUUAACUAAACUCUAUUGAAUUUA